AUGGCAACCAGGUACCAACUGAAUCAGAAUAAUUUAAAAAUUAGCAUAUUAUUAUUUACAAUUUUAAAUUUAUGUUCUGUAUAUGGUUAUUCUAAUGAAAUCGAAAUGAUUUCAUCCAAUGCCGGGUGUAGAUUUUGCACUCUUUUAACUGAUGAGCUAAUUAAAAUUGCCAAAAGUAGCCAAAACAAAGGAGAUUUUAUUCUACUCUUUGAUGAAACAUGCAAAUAUAUUAACCCUAAAGGAGAAAUGAGCCAAUUUUGUAUAGAUCGUAAUAAUACAGUAGAAUUAAUUUAUGAAAAUAAAUUAGAUUCAUUUUCAAUCUGCAGUGAAUCAAUAUGUAAAAUAAAUUUUUAUAAUGAAAUAAAUAAAAUGGUUUUAACUCAACAAACUACCCAAUUUAAUGUUUCUUCAAUUUUUGGAGGAUGCACUUUAUGUAAAAUUUUAUCAACAAUUUUAAUAGAUGGGGGUGAAUAUAUUGCUAUUUGGACUGGGUGUUCUAAAUCUGUUGUGGGAGCACCUAUUUGUAUCGCAGCAUUAAAUUUAAUCAAACUAAUAAUUGAUAGAAAUUUUGAUAGUGCAAAAAUUUUAUGUACUUUAAUACAUUUUUGUGUUUAAUAUUAUUUCCAAUAUUUUUAAUUUUUAAAUAAAAAAAAAUUUUAUUAUUUUUUAAAGUG